AUGUAUGCCACCCCAUCACGCUCCGCUAUCCAUGCAGAUGAGCCAUACGGAGACUACGGCUUCAGAUCUUCCUACGACGCCAGGGGCGUCAUCACCUCCACAUAUACAUACACCUUUAUUUUCUACCACUAUGCCACGCUUCGAUCCCUCGCCAUGCAUCCCCAUGACGAGACGAGCAAGAAGCGAGGCCACUGCGCCGCCUCGAUACCCCAUAUUCUUGCCAACCCCACCACCAGCAUCCGUGCCAGAAGGAAUGUCAAAUACUAUACCAACAACUACACUUUUACCUUUCCCUCCUUCUUUUCCUUCUUCCUCGCCGAAUCUCUCGCCGUCGUUUUCUUGUUCCCUGCCGCCAUAUCGCAGUGCUAG